AGAAAAGACUUCUCUCUCUGCUUGAGAGUGGUUUCGAUAUUUAAAUAAUUAUGUGUGUCAGUGCGCAGUAUCAGUGAGUUUUCAUAGUAGUAUUAGUUGAGUAAAUGACGAUACAUUUUGAUGAGUGCAUUUUCAACAUUUAUUAUCAAUCAAAAAUAUAUUAAAAUCACAGAUUCAAAAAAAUUAAACAAAUGUCGAGUUCUGAUUUUAUUGCAACAGAUACAAUAGAUGGUGUCUGGCCAUUUCUUCAAAGUAUUGAAUGGAAAGAUCCAUGGCUAGCAAUUUUACUAGCAUUUCAUAUAGCAGUGACUAUGACUGCCUUAAUGACGAGAAAUCAUGCAAACUUCCAAAUUUUAUUAUUUCUUGUACUUCUACUUUUAGUUUAUUUUUCUGAAAGUAUAAAUGAAGCCGCCGCAAGCAAUUGGAUGGCCUUUUCAAGACAACAAUAUUUCGAUUCCAAGGGCUUAUUCAUAUCAAUAGUAUUUUCGGUACCAAUUUUAAUGAACUGUAUGAUAAUGGUGGCAAGUUGGCUCUAUCAAUCAAGUCAAUUAAUGACUAGCUUAAAACGUGCACAAUUGCGACAACAAGCUAAAAUUCGACAAGGUGGAAAUGAAGGCAUAACGAAUGCAACAAAUACCCUUAAGUCAAAAAACGAAUAAUUGAAGAAGAUACAAAAUCUAGUCAGAGUAAUUGUUCAGUAAUUACUCGUUUGGUUUAUGAUAAGUGUUAAGUACUAAAGAUACAGAUAAUAAUUAAAUGGAGUGAUAGUUGAAAAUUGCACGAAAUUUUCUGCGGAUGUUGAUCACCACGGCGUAUCAGUUUUUCAUCAAAUCAAACAUUUAUUUUAUAAUUGUUAAUACAUUUUAUUUUUAGGUGAAAUUAAUUAUAAAAAUAAGGGUGAAUAUUUAAGAAUGAUCUGAAAAUAGAGAUCGCAUAGAUUUAUAUAAGUCAUAAAUGUUCAUUGGCGCUAAACAAACGUAGACCUGAAAAAAACUUUGUACAUUUUUAAAAAGGCUCGUUGCUGCGUGUAAUAUUUAUUCAUUAAUUAUUUUUUGUGAUACUCUUAAUUGUUGAAAUUGUUCAUUAACGAAUUAUUUAAUCCAUUGUUUGACAAAUUUAUCAAUUUUUUAUGUCAUUAGUUUAAUAUUUUAGCUUUAUUUUUAUGUGCGAAGUUUACCUUGUAUGCAUUUCGUUUUUGUAUUAUGGACAUUCCGAUCAUUUAUAGUUUUUUCAUCAUCGUUUUAUGCCCUAAUAACUUACAAUCAGUAAAAAUAUUCGAAUUGCGUGCUUCAAGUACUUACAUCUUCAAUGCAUGCGUACCUUUAUAAUUUAAAAAUCAAAAAAAAAAAAAAUUGUUUUUUAUAAUUAUUUACUGUAUAUUGGUCUUCCUCCUAUAAUUGCAAAAAAUUAUUUAAUCUUCUUUGAAAUUAUACACAAUCACUUUGCCAUUAUUGAUAUAUAAAUCCUUGAUAACUAUUUAUGCAUAUUUCAUCAAGUCAUUAUGGUAUAAAUGUGAAUUCAAUAAUGAACUGUCAUUAAUAAAAUUUGAU